GUGGCUGUAGAGCAGUGAAGAGUCGUAGGCUUGGUGAAUUGCUGCAGGUUUUCUGAAAGAGGCAUUUGAUUUGGUUGUAGUCUUGGGUGAUCACACUUCAUGGCUAUGAAGGAGUUUUGUGUUUGGAAAGGGCUCAUUUUAGUCCUUUUUCUCUUUGCUGUUGAUGGACAGACAUCAGGACCAUCCUUCUUGGUGACGUUUUCUGCAGUGAUCGAGUCCUGCUCUGAUGCCAAAUUGUGUGCAAGUCUUUUAAAACCCAAUGAGAGUCUUACAAUGACCAUCUUUCUGGUUGAUGACAAAAACCUGACAACACUGCUUGUGCAGCAGACGUCUUCAACAGCGUUUCACCGCUGUUUUAGUUUCCAGGCUCCUGAAGUAGAUAGAGAAUUAGUGCAGAAACUGAGGGUGGUACUUCAAGGGAGGUUCUUCAAAAUGACCGAAGAGCGCAAAGUCAUGUUCAGACGUUACCUGCCUUUGACCUUCAUCCAAACAGACAAACCCAUCUACAAUCCGGGACAAACGGUGAACUUCAGGGCUGUGACCAUGGAUCCUAAAUUUGUUCCUCUUGAUCAAAUGUACAGUCUAGUGGUGGUGGAGGACCUUCUUAAUAACCAGAUUGGUCAGUGGACAAAUGUUUCCUCAACGGGGUGGAUAUUGGAGCUUUCUCACCAGUUAAACCCUGAGGCUCAGGUCGGGAUGUACACACUGAGGGCUUUUAUUGAUGACCGGAUGAUCUCACGGGUUUUUGAAGUGAAAAAGUAUGUUUUACCCAAGUUUGAUGUCAUCUUGACUGCACCAACGACGUAUAGUGUGGCAGAUGUGGGACUGAAAGUUGAGGCUUGUGCCAAAUACACAUAUGGGCAACCUGUACCUGGUCAAGCAUUGGUGGAAGUGUGCCGUGAGCUGUUCCCGUACAUUGUGGUACCUGGCCUGUCUCGUGUGUGUCUUAUCAAAACUGUUAUGUUGAACAUCACGGGUUGUGCUUCCCUUACCAUCAGUAUGUCUGAGUUUUUUGGCACCAAAUUUGAAGAUGACCUGCGAAAUGAAUUUCUUGUUAAUGUGAACGUCACUGAGGAGGGAACAGAUGUAAUGAUGUCAAAAUCCACAACCGUGUACAUUACGUUUCAAGUUGGCAUGGUCUCGUUUUUGGACCUCCCAGAGUUCUUUAACUAUGGAUCAGUGAUGAACGGAAAGAUCUCCGCAUCUUAUUUCAAUGGGACUCCAAUUGCACGCAAGGCAGUCUAUCUCCUGGAUGGUGGCCAAUGGCACAGACUGCUGCUGAAUCUGACUACAAACAUGAAUGGACUGGCCGCUUUCUCCCUGAACACUGCUGAUUUCCCUAAAGCUGAUCUGAAUCUGUUGGCAAGUGCAACUUCACAGCAUUUUUAUGGUUAUAAAUCGCCCUACUUCAGACCCCAGAGCCAUACUGUGCCGCUUUUCCAAACUGCUACUCCCAACAACCCAAUGUUUAGUAUACUGACUAUAGAGAAGCUUGAGCAGCCACUGAAAUGUGGUGCCAAGUAUCCAGUGACAAUCCAGUAUUCUUUUGUUGGAGAAACUGGUGACUACAGUGCUGACAUCAUCUAUAUGGUCUUGUCCAGAGGGGUGAUUGUUCUGCAUGGAUUUCAGAAGGUCCAAGUGAGGGCUUUAAAUGCACUAAGUGGCACAGUGUCAUUUGAGCUGUCUGUCAGUCCUGAUAUGGCUCCAGUAGUGCAGAUUCUGGCCUUCUGUGUUCUGCCCAGUGAGAACGUAGUUGCUGCUAGUGCAGAUUUUCACACUGAAAUGUGUUUCCAAAACCGGGUGUCUCUGCAGUUUUCUCCACCUACGGCUGUUCCUAGUGAGGGAAAUGUUUUGACAGUCUCUGCUCAAGCAGGAUCCCUGUGUGGCCUCAGCGCUGUUGAUCAGAGCGUCCGGAUCAUGGCGCCAAGAAGACGUUUGAGCACUGAAGCGGUGUUCAACUUGCUCCCAGUUAAACCACGGUCGUAUUAUCCAUUUCCUGUUCAGGAUGAACAGGAGUGCCUGAAUGUUCGACCCCGUCGAGCUGUUCCUACAAAUGAUGCUUACAAAGUUUUCAAGAGUGUGGGGAUGAAGGUCACAACAAAUCUCGCUGUCCAAGAACCUAACUGCCUGACGUACAAAGGCCGCCUGUAUUACUAUAGCAACUUCCAUCACGCCCAUUCAAUGGGCGCUGGAAGCGGCAUUGGCAUGGGCACUGGAAGCGGCAUUGGCGUGGGCGCUGGAAGCGGCAUGGACGCUGGAAGCGGCGGGGGUGGUGGAGGCGAUGGCAGCAGCUCCUCUUUUGAGGUGACCGUCAGGACUUACUUUCCAGAAACAUGGCUCUGGCAGCUUGCUCAAGUGGGAAACUCUGGAUCCACACGAAUUACUCUGAAGGUUCCUGACUCAAUCACCACAUGGGAGACUGAGGCGUUCUGCUUGUCCUCCAGAGGUUUCGGUUUGGCUCCUCCUGUUCAGCUGAUGGUCUUCCAACCUUUCUUCCUGGAGCUCUCCCUGCCUUACUCCAUCAUCCGUGGAGAGUCUUUUGAGCUGAAGGCCACCGUCUUCAACUAUCUGUCCAAGUGCAUCAUGGUUAAAGUGACUCCAGCUUCUUCCUUGGACUUCAGUCUUAAACCUUUCAAUGAGCCGUAUUCAUCCUGUGUCUGUGCCAAUGGGAGAAAGACCUUUAAAUGGAUUUUCUCGGCUUCUGUUCUCGGAUCUGUAAAUGUGACUGUCAGUGCUCAGGCUGAACAAUCCCAGGUUCGAUGUGGCUCUGAAGUUGUGACUGUGCCGGUGAGAGGACGCAUUGACGUAGUUACUCAAAGUCUUCUUGUUCUGCCUGAGGGAGUUGAAAGGAUCUUCACCCAGAGUUGGUUAUUGUGUCCAAAGGGAAGUGUCCUUUCAGAAGACUCGUCUCUAACGUUUCCAACAAAUGUGAUCCAGGGAUCAACCAAAUGCUCGGUUUCAGUCCUUGGGGACAUAAUGGGUCGUGCACUAAAGAAUCUUAAGGACUUGCUACAGAUGCCAUCUGGCUGUGGAGAACAAAAUCUGAUCGUUCUUGCUCCCAAUAUUUACGUCCUACAGUACCUGGAGGUCACUGCGCAGCUCACCCCAACCAUCCGACAGACUGCCAUUGGUUACCUUCAGAGCGGAUACCAAGGACAACUGAACUACAGACACAGUGAUGGUUCAUACAGCACGUUUGGUUAUGGUGCAUCCAAUACAUGGUUGACUGCCUUCGUCAUGAGGUCUUUUGGCCUAGCAAGGAGUUUCAUCUUCAUUGAUCCCAGUAUCCUCCAGAGUGCAAAGGAUUGGUUGAUCAGCAAGCAGGGUUCAGAUGGCUGUUUCAUGCAACAGGGAACUCUGUACCACAAUGCCAUGAAGGGUGGUGUUGGUGAUAAUGUGACCAUGACGGGCUACGUUGUUGCAUCGCUGCUUGAACUAGAUGUCCUUGUCACGGAUCCCAUCAUUACCAAUGCUCUGUCUUGCUUGAGGCCUGUCGUUGGGAAUGUGGGAAACACUUAUGCCACGGCUCUGCUUGCCUACACCUUCAGUCUGGCUGGAGAGACCAGCACUCGAGCACAGCUUUUAAAUGCCUUGGACAAUGUUGCCAUUUCUGAAGGCAAUGAGCUCCACUGGUCUCAGACUUCAUCUGGUGAUACUCUGGCGGUGGAGAUCAGCUCAUAUGUGCUGCUGGCUGUUCUCUCUGUACAGCCUCUCACGACCGCUGAUCUGGGCUAUGCUAACCGCAUUGUCAACUGGCUUGUGACCCAGCAGAAUCCUUAUGGAGGCUUUUCGUCCACCCAGGACACUGUCGUGGCUCUUCAUGCUCUGUCUCUGCUCGCCGCUCAAGUGUUCAGCCUGGAGGGCUCUAACACAGUUACUGUACAGUCAUCGUCUGUAGCAGGAGAGCUUUAUAAUUUCAAUGUGAAUCGGGACAACCGGCUGCUAUAUCAGGAGAAGCCGCUGAAGAAUGUUCCUGGCAGAUAUAGUGUUAGAGCGAAGGGGUCCACCUGUGUGUCUGUGCAGGUUGCCUGUUUCUACAACAUCCCGACACCCAUUAAAGCUUCCAGAACACUUAGCGUUGAAGUGAAGGUGGCAAGAGACUGCAAAGUGCGUGGAGCCGAUCUCAUGUUGAACGUCACUGUGAAGUACAAUGGUGCAAAACCAACUACUAACAUGGUUAUAGUGAACAUUAAACUCCUGUCGGGUUUCACAGCAGACACGGCCCUGAUUGGAUCCCCACCAGAUUCAUUUGCUCCACUAGUGCAGCGGGUUGAUUCUGGAAAUGACCAUGUGCUUGUGUAUCUGAAAGAGGUUCCCAAGGGCAUCCCCAUGACCUACAGGCUACAACUGAAACCGGUUCUUGCAGUGCAGAAUUUUAAGCCAGCGGUCGUUGAGGUUUAUGACUACUAUCAGCCAAGUGAUGUGUUUGAGACCACAUAUAUGCCCCCCUGUCCAUGAUAGUUUCGUUUCUGGCUAUAGGAUGCAUGAAUAACUUAAAUUAGUUUUUUUUUUUUUUUUUUUUUUUUGAGAAAAUCUGACAUGUUGAGGCUGGACAUCUCAAACUUGCACUGUUCAAAAGUUUGUUUUAGCCCUGUGAUCUGGGUUUCUUACAUGGUUAACCGACUGGGGUCGACAAAGGUGCCGUCUGGGAACACUUGUAUGUUUCCCAGAUGACAGAAUAACUUCAUGCUUUGUCACCUUUGAUUGGACCCAAGUAAUUCAUCACUUGAAUCUGUGAAGGGUCUACUUUUAUUGGUGUAUACUCGCCAUAUCAAACUGAUCUUGUAAAAUAAAGAAAACAAAUGGUGCACUCAGUC